AUGUGCAGGCACAAGAAAGCGACGUGCCACAAGUGCGGCAGGAAGGGACACCUGGCGAGAAGGUGCUCCAGCGGUCACGGUAACCCCUCGGGAACUUACGCUGUGAAGGAGCUAGACGGCAGUGAAGAAGAAAUGCUCUACGCUUUGGUGGCUCACAGCUACAGUAGCAACGAAUUCGUUCGGCCAUUCGAAAGGGAUUUCAUCUGGGAGGGCCGGAAACUGCGCAUGCUGGUGGAUACGGGGUCUACUAUCAGCGUAAUUCCAAAGAGGGUAUUCGAGAAACACCGUGAACUGUGGCCGACACUGGAGAAGACUUCACUACGCCUGACGUGCUUCCUGGGGCCGCUGCCGGUCCUUGGCCGAGUGGCCAUGAAAGUCAAAUGCGGUAACACGGAAGUGGAGAGCUCGCUAGUUGUAGUGGAUUGCGAUGGGCCUCUGCUGUGCGGCCGGAACACCAUCCAAGCCUUCCGGAAUGCUGGCAUGGCGCUACUGGAAGAAUGUGCGCCGGACAACGUAAAUGUGCUUCGAUGUGACGCAGCCACGGCGCGACUGGUGGCGGAAUUUCCGGAAAUUUUCGAAGAGAGGUUGGGUUGUUGCGAGGGGCCGCCUGUGAAGCUACACAAAAAAGACGCUGCUGUACCACGCUUUUGCAAGGCUCGACCAGUGCCAUUUGCGCUUCGGGAUAAGGUGUCGGCAGAAAUCGACCGCCAAGUACGGGAAGGAGUGCUUUCACCAGUGCGAGUUUCAGAGUGGGCUACGCCCGUCGUGCCCGUAGUGAAACGUAACGGGGAUAUCAGGCUGUGCGGGGACUUCAAAUUGACCGUGAAUCCGGCAACACAUUUGGAACAAUACCCGUUGCCGAAAAUUGAGGACAUAUUCGCAUCUCUGUAUGGGGGAGAGGUGUUCACCACUUUGGAUUUGCGGCACGCAUAUAAUCAACUUCCACUGGACGACGAGGCACGAAAAAUGGCUGUGUUGAACACACACAAGGGGUUGUUUGCAUACAACCGCCUCGCUUUCGGCAUCGCAUCUGCUCCGGCUUUGUUCCAGCGCCGCCUCGAGUCCAUUCUGCAAGGCCUGCCUCGCGUCAAGGUAUACUUGGAUGACAUCAUCAUAGCCGAAAAGCAGAACGACGACUCCACUCUGCGGCGAGUCUUUGAGCGGCUACGGGACAAUGGACUCAAGUUGAACCUUGACAAAUGCAGGUUCCGCGGGAAGCAAGUAUCGUUCUUGGGCCACAAGAUCGACGCAACGGGUCUCCACCCCCCCCCCCCCCCGACAAUAUGGAAGCCAUCACCGCUGCACCAAGACCAGAGACGGUGA